UUUUUUGUCUUUUCCUUGUUGGUUCACAGUGUUAAAAUUAUUUUAAGCUAAGCAAAUUCUCUUAUAAUGUCUUUCUGGAACAAUUAAUAUUAUUUAUAGUAUAUGCACUUCUAGCAACUUAUUAUGUCUAUUAACUCAUUAGAGAUGACAGCACCUUGAUUAUAAUAGUGGAAAUGUCAUAACCUACUCACAGUAUUCUAAUAUUUAGACCUGUUUAGUAGCCAUUAACCACAUGUGGCUAUUAAAAUAAAAAUUCUGAUUAAAUAAAAUUUAAAAAUCAUGUGGCUGUUGUCUACCAUAAGGAGCCCUGGUGGUUAAGUGCUCAGCUGCUAACUGAAAGAUUGGUGGUUCGAACCCACCCAGUGGCUCUGCAGGAGAAAGACCUGGUGAUCUAUUUCCAUAAAGAUUACAGCCAAGAAAACCCUAUGGGACAGUUGUGCUAUCAUACAGGGUCGCAAUAGUCAGAAUCAACAGCACCCAACAACAGCAACAUUGGCUACCAUAUUGGAGAGCUCAGAGCAGAACAUUUCCAUCCUCCAGAAAGUUCUACAGGGCAGCACUGAUGUAGACUCUGAAAUGAAAAUCUUUGUCAAUACAUAUUUUAGUUGAUGAGUACUAUUUCUUUAGAGAGCAAUGUAAUGCUAUGUGUUUAAAGCGCUUGCUAUAUGCCGGGAAUUAUAACAUGGCUUCUUCAAGUCUGUGAGCUCAGUGCCUCACAUAGGGCUUGACACAGAGUAGACACUGGGGACGUGUUUGCUGAAUACAUGGAGAACACGUGAGGAAAGAAAGAAUGAACCCAUAGUAUUGCUUCUGUGUUUAGAGACAAAGUGACAAAAUUCAAGAUUGACCAGCCCAGAAGAAGGGUAAAAAAUGACUGUAAGGAAUGAAAACAACUAUACAAAAAUAUCUUAUGCUGGAUAAUUGUUUCUGCAGUUGUUUUAUAAAUGUAAUCCCUUCAGAUUUGUGUUGGUGAUGGUGGGGAGGAGGCUGGUAAGGUUGCCUUCAGAUUCACUGAGAAAAUGGGAAACUCUUGGCCUAACUAGCUCAACUUUCUUUUCUUUUACCCACUCACACUCACCAAACUUGAUUAAAUCUGUACUUAAUUCUUCCCUCUAUUCCACCUGUCUCAAAGGAGGGUGGGCCUCUCUUCUUUCCAAGCUAACCACUCCAUUUGUGCUCUUUAUCCUGCUCUUUCAUGCUGCUCUCCACACUCCCCAUCAAUUAUCUUUAGUACUUCGCCAUCCUGUAUAUCCAUACUGUUCAGUAACUUGGAAUAUGACUGAUUCAAAUUGAGAUAUUCUAUAAGUCUAAAAUACACAUGAUUUCAAAAACAGUACAACAAACCUAAAAUAUCUCAGUGUCUUGGUCAUCUAGUGCUGCCAUAACAGAAAUACCACAAGUGAAUGGCUUUAACAAAGAAAAAUUUAUUUCCUCAGGGUAAAAGUACACUAAAAGUCCAAAAUCAAGGUGUCAGCUCUAGGGGAAGGCUUUCUUUCUCUGUUGGCCCUGGAAGAAGGUCCUUGUCCUCAAUCUUCCCACGGUUGAAGAGCUUCUCGGGCAUGGGAACCCUGGGUCCAAAGGACGUGCUCUGCUCCUGGUGCUGCUUUCUUGGUGGUAUGAGGUCCCCAACUCUCCCCUUGCUUCUCUUUCCUUUUAUCUCUUGGGAGAUAAAAGGUGGUGCAAGCCACACCCCAGGGAAACUCUCUUUACCUUGGAUCAGGGAGAUGACCUGAGUAGGGGCCCUGUUACAAUCCCACCUUAAUCCUCUUUAGUAUAAAAUUACAAUCACAAAAUGGAGGACAACCACAUAAUACUGGGAAUCAUGGCCUAACCAAGUUGAUACACACAUUUUGGGGGGGACAUAAUUCAGGCCAUGACACUCAGUAAUUUUUUAUAUUGUUUACACGUUGAGAUGGUAAUAUUUUAGAUAUACUGGGUAAAGUAAUUUUAUGUUUCUUCUUUUUUUUGAUCUUGCUGCUAGAAAUUUUAAAAUUACACCUGUGGCUGGCAUUUAUGGCUCUUACUAUAUUUCUGUUGGUGCUGCUAUCUAACAUUAAAGUUCUAGACUCACCAAAUGUUGGUUGAAUAAAUGAAUGAAUAUUGGAUUUAUUUCAGCAUUGAUUUGAAGCACCUGCCUUCAUUGCUCCGAAGGAAUGAAUGCAGAAGGAGUAGGAAAAGGAAACACAGGCCUGCGGUGGUAUUUAUUUGGGUGUGACUAAGUUUGCUCAGACACGUUUCCAUCUGAAUUAAUCUAUUGAGUUGAGCUACAGUGGGAGUGAUGCUAAAAAGGAGGAAGACAGAAAGCAUAUUAAGAGACAGGCACUGUAGUGUGGAGAAUGUCUUAACAUAGUUACGGAGGGCAUACUGAGGGUUUGACCCACCACAUCAAAGUGAUACAAGGACUAUUUACAUAGCCAACAGGUUUCCUCAGAAUGGCCUUUACACACCUCAGAAGUUUGUAGAUAACAGGAUCAUUUCCUCUAAGUAUACUGUGUGGAAUUUUGUUCCAAAAAAUUUAUUUGAACAAUUCCGAAGAGUGGCAAACUUUUAUUUUCUUAUUAUAUUUUUGGUUCAGCUUAUGAUUGAUACACCUACCAGCCCAAUUACCAGCGGACUUCCAUUAUUCUUUGUGAUAACAGUAACUGCCAUAAAGCAGGGAUAUGAAGAUUGGUUACGACAUAACUCAGACAAUGAAGUAAAUGGAGCUCCUGUUUAUGUUGUUCGAAGUGGUGGCCUUGUCAAAACUAGAUCCAAAAACAUUCGGGUGGGUGAUAUUGUUCGCAUAGCCAAAGAUGAAAUUUUCCCUGCAGAUUUGGUGCUUCUGUCUUCAGAUCGGCUUGAUGGCUCAUGUCACGUUACCACGGCUAGUUUGGAUGGAGAAACGAACCUGAAGACACAUGUGGCAGUUCCAGAAACAGCAGUAUUACAAACAGUUGCCAAUUUGGACAGUCUCAUAGCUGUUAUAGAAUGUCAGCAGCCAGAAGCAGACUUGUACAGGUUCAUGGGCCGAAUGAUAAUAACUCAGCAAAUGGAAGAAAUUGUAAGACCCCUGGGGCCAGAGAGCCUCUUGCUUCGUGGAGCCAGAUUAAAAAACACAAAAGAAAUUUUUGGUGUUGCUGUAUAUACCGGAAUGGAAACCAAGAUGGCCUUAAAUUACAAGAGCAAGUCACAGAAACGAUCCGCAGUAGAAAAGUCAAUGAAUACAUUUUUGAUAAUUUACCUAAUAAUCCUUAUUUCUGAAGCCAUCAUCAGUACGAUCUUAAAAUAUACAUGGCAAGCUGAAGAAAAAUGGGAUGAACCUUGGUAUAACCAAAAAACAGAACAUCAGAGAAAUAGUAGUAAGAUUCUGAGAUUUAUUUCAGACUUCCUUGCUUUUUUGGUACUCUAUAAUUUCAUCAUUCCAAUUUCACUAUACGUGACAGUGGAAAUGCAGAAAUUUCUUGGAUCGUUCUUCAUUGGCUGGGAUCUUGAUCUCCAUCACGAAGAAUCAGAUCAGAAAGCUCUAGUCAAUACUUCAGACCUGAAUGAAGAACUUGGACAGGUGGAAUAUGUGUUUACAGAUAAAACUGGUACACUGACGGAAAAUGAGAUGCAGUUUCGGGAGUGUUCAAUCAAUGGUGUGAAAUACCAAGAAAUCAACGGCAGACUGGUACCCGAAGGACCAACGCCAGACUCUUCAGAAGGAAACCUCUCUUACCUUGGCAGUCUGUCCCAUCUUAACAACUUAUCCCAUCUUACAACCAGUUCUUCUUUUAGAACAAGUCCUGAAUAUGAAACUGAACUGAUUAAAGAACAUGGUCUCUUCUUUAAAGCAGUCAGCCUCUGUCACACCGUACAGAUUAGCAAUGUUCAGACUGAUGGCAUCGGUGAUGGGCCCUGGCAGUCCAACCUCACACCCUCCCACCUGGAAUACUAUGCAUCCUCUCCAGACGAAAAAGCCCUAGUGGAGGCUGCUGCAAGGAUCGGCAUUGUAUUUAUUGGCAGUUCUGAAGAAACUAUGGAAGUUAAAACACUUGGAAAAUUGGAACGGUACAAACUGCUUCAUAUUCUGGAAUUUGAUUCAGAUCGUAGAAGAAUGAGUGUCAUUGUACAGGCACCUUCAGGUGAGAAGUUUUUAUUUGCUAAAGGAGCUGAAUCAUCAAUCCUCCCUAGGUGUAUAGGUGGAGAAAUAGAAAAAACCAGAAUUCAUGUAGAUGAAUUUGCUUUGAAAGGGCUGAGAACUCUGUGCAUAGCCUGUCGACAGUUCACACCUAAAGAAUAUGAGGCGAUAGACCGACGCCUGUUUGAAGCCAGGACUGCAUUGCAGCGGCGGGAAGAGAAGUUGGCAGAUGUGUUCCAGUUCAUAGAGAAAGACCUGAUACUACUUGGAGCUACGGCCGUGGAGGACAGAUUACAAGAUAAAGUUCGAGAAACAAUUGAAGCAUUGAGAAUGGCUGGUAUUAAAGUGUGGGUACUUACUGGAGACAAACACGAAACAGCCGUUAGUGUUAGUUUAUCAUGUGGCCAUUUCCACAGAACCAUGAACAUCCUUGAACUUAUAAACCAGAAAUCAGACAGUGGGUGUGCUGAACAGCUGAGGCAGCUUGCCAGAAGAAUUACAGAGGACCAUGUGAUUCAGCACGGGCUGGUCGUGGAUGGGCCCAGCCUGUCUCUUGCACUCAGGGAGCACGAGAAGCUCUUUAUGGACGUUUGCAGAAGCUGCUCAGCUGUGCUGUGCUGUCGCAUGGCACCACUGCAGAAAGCAAAGGUAAUACGGCUGAUAAAAAUUUCACCUGAGAAACCUAUAACGUUGGCUGUUGGCGACGGUGCUAAUGACGUAAGCAUGAUACAAGAAGCACACGUCGGCAUAGGAAUCAUGGGUAAAGAAGGAAGACAAGCUGCCAGAAACAGCGACUAUGCGAUAGCUAGAUUUAAAUUCCUCUCCAGACUGCUUUUGGUCCACGGUCAUUUUUACUAUAUUAGAAUAGCAACCCUUGUACAGUAUUUUUUUUAUAAGAAUGUGUGCUUUAUCACACCCCAGUUUUUAUAUCAGUUCUACUGUUUGUUUUCUCAGCAGACACUGUAUGACAGCGUGUACCUGACCUUGUACAACAUCUGUUUCACUUCCCUACCUAUUCUGAUACAUAGUCUUUUGGAACAGCAUGUAGACCCUCACGUAUUACAGAGCAAACCUGCUCUCUACCGAGACAUAAGUAAAAACCGCCAUCUAAGCAUUAAAACAUUUCUUUAUUGGACCACCCUGGGUUUCAGCCAUGCCUUCACUUUCUUUUUUGGCUCGUAUUUUCUAUUAGGGAACGAUAUAUCUCUGCUGGGAAAUGGCCAGAUGUUUGGAAACUGGACAUUUGGCACUCUGGUCUUCACAGUCAUGGUGAUCACAGUCACAGUGAAGAUGGCUUUGGAAACUCACUACUGGACCUGGAUCAAUCACCUUGUGACCUGGGGGUCUAUUAUAUUUUAUUUUGUGUUUUCCUUGUUUUAUGGGGGGAUUCUUUGGCCAUUUUCGGGGUCCCAGAAUAUGUACUUUGUAUUUAUUCAGCUCCUGUCAAGUGGUUCUGCUUGGUUUGGCAUAAUCCUUAUGGUUGUGACGUGUCUAUUUCUUGAUAUUGUUAAGAAAGUGCUUGGCCGACAGCUCCAUCCUACAAGUACUGAAAAGGCACAGCUUACUGAAACAAAUUCAGGUAUCAAGUGCCUGGACUCCAUGUGCUGUUUCUCAGAAGGAGAAGCAGCGUGCGCGUCUGUUGGAAGAAUGCUGGAACGAGUUAUAGGACGAUGUAGUCCGGCCCACAUCAGCAGAUCGUGGAGUGCGUCCGAUCCCUUCUGUACCAAUGACAGAAGCGUCCUGACCCUCUCCACAAUGGACUCCUCAACCUGCUAAGGGGCAGUAGCACCUUGUAGGAAACAUCUCACCUCCUGUUCUAAAAUUCAGUGUGAUUAACCUUUCACGGGCUGCACUGGCUCUGCAAAACCUCUUCCCGAAGUCUCUGGAGAGUUCAUCCCCACUCAGAGUUGCAGUGGCUAACAGAAGGCAUUAACGUGAACCCCUUGGGCUGCCCUGAAUUUGAAUCUGAACAUGUUAAAAUUUAUCAACAAGGAGACAUUUUCCACGUCUGUCUGCAUUGUCCUUCGUGUCUAUGGGACUCCUAAUGGCAUUUUGGAGCCCUGGUGGCUCAGCUACUAAACAAAAGGUCGGCAGUUCGAAUCCACCAGCUGCUCCUUGGAAACCCUGUGGGACAGUUCUCCCAUCCCCCGUACAGUCGCUAUGAGUCAGAAUCGACUCGACAGCAAGUUGUUUUUUUGAAUGGCAUUUCAGCCUUUGCUGAGGCCACUGUGUUUUAAUAUCAGAGUAGUAAUGGGAGAUACCUAACUCCCAGAUGUGUGUAUUUUUUAGUAUUAGCUCGGUUACUGACUCUUUAAAUCUGCUUCUGUAAAAUACGCUGAAAAGUUUGCCUUGAAAACUCUAUUUUUUUAUUAGAGUUCUAUUUGAAGCUUUUCAUGGGAAAAGUGUAUGUGAAUAGUGAGGGAUUUUGGUCCCUCAGUGACCCAUGUUGUUAAUUCACUAAUGCUUUCUAAGUCCACAGAGCAGCGUAGGAGAACGCAUUUCAUCCAUUAGUUUACUGCAGUGUGGGUGGAGGACACACCAGUUCCAGACUUCUCUAAAUGCACCGUGACACGGCCACCAGAGUUAGCCGUACACAGGCAAAGGGUAUAUACUGGCUUACAUACAAAUCAGGAAUCAAAUCCAUUCACCAAAUUUCAAAUUGAUAAUAUUUUUGUGGCAGAAUAUGAAGGAUAUUAUUGCAUAUUAUUAAUUUAAUAUGUUCAUCAUUGGAUUUUUUGCAUGCUUUAAUCUGGUUAAUAUAUUUAAAUUUGCUUUUUUCUUAUUUAUCCUGAAGGCUCUGUUUAUAGUACUUUAUGAUGAUGUUGUAAAGUUCAAAUAUAUCAAUAAAAAACAAGUCUGGACAGUUUUUAAAUAUUGUAAAUACUUUCAAUUAUGCAAAUCAAAAUACUGUUGGGUAGUUAAAUCAAUAAAAAGAGAAGAGCCUCUUUCUGUGGCCAAUUGAGAAUCACUCUUGCCUCUUUAGACUAAAGGAUUUCAGAUAAAAGUCCUAUUAUUUUUCAGUUAUCAUAUGUUAUCUGAGUUACAGCAGACUACCACAGUAAAGUGAAAUCUACCCAGUGUCCCAUUAUAAGGUAUGAUUUCAGGCAUGGCUGUGCAAUGUAUAUGAAACAAAGUCUAAAAUGCUCAAUUUUUGUGGGAUAAUCACAAUCAUAAGUUAAAAUGCUGACAAUGGUUAAUCAGGUCCAUGUGAGUGUAAUUAACUCAUGGCACUUUCAAGACUUGCUUCUAUCCUGAAAUUAUCCUGUGAAUUCAGCGUUGUCAUUUGUUCUGAUAAACAGUAAAGCUGGUUUAAAACUUGGAAAUGAAUACAGAAUGAAGAACUAGCACCCAGCUCUUAGCUGCGGUACUGGGUUUGGGAAGAUACUGUUUGUCUGGAAAUAAGUGAAAGGAAUAAUACAUGAUCCACACACGGACUCGUGUUCCAGAAGAGGAAUUAUUGCAGAAAUAUUUAACAGUAGUUUAGUGGAGGUAGGAUGGGAUUUCUUUUUCUUAAAAUGUAUAAAACGUACAUAAAACAAAAUGACACGCAAGAGGCCUGCAGUACAUCUAUCUUCCAGUGUCUAUUUGCCAUCAAAUAAACUGAAUACCAACACUAAAGAGAAGGACUACAGAGGCAUCACGCCAUCUGUGACCAACUGCGCCACUCUCUAAGCAGGACAGGUCAGCUAGCCUGCACAGUGCCCAAGGCCUGGUUUGCAGUCUCUGCAGUCACCAUUCGAUGUCAGUUCAGAAGACCUUUAUAUCAAAAAAAAGGUCAAUGGCAUCAUCCCACGCUGUUGUUCAAAACCUGUUUCCUUUAAAGGAAGAUUAUCUUGUAUUUUUAAGAAAAGGAUUCUCUUUCCUAAUUUCUUUAAGAAGGUAACAUAUAAUAAAGCCUACAAGUUUUGAACAGUUAUCUAGUGCCGACAUUCAUAUUAUACAACUAUUACUAUAUAACCAGUCAUCACAGACAAGUUUCCCCUUUGCGUAUAACUUUAAAGUUCUUUGGAACGUGUGAUGUUGAUAAUUGGCCUACUAUUUGGAAACCCUAUGGGCAGCUCCACUCUGUGCUCUAGGUCACUAUGAGUCAGAAUCAACAGCAGAGGAUGGGUUAUCAUCUGCCAGAACCAAAGUAAGAUGUUAAAUGUGCUAGUGCUAGUUAAUGAAUGGCCUCAAAUCGGUGUGCCUCAGCUUGCUUGCCUUGGCCCAGUUGAAAGGCUGCAGCCCUGCAGAUAGUGGCAAGCACCCAGUCAGUGUCCAGACUUGCCCAUCAGCUGCUCUAGGUGACUCAGCACCCUGCCUCAGCUUCAGCAAGCAGAGGCUCACCCUGGGAGGAGUCUGAGAGUGGGCCAGGGAGAAGAAAAAAGAGGCGAAUUUACAGUCUGAAUUUCUCUAACUGUCCGUCCUUGGACUCUCACUAGGUACAAAGUUCCCCAGACCUGGCCCAAGCCGUGGUGCAAUACUAAGGAGCCUUCAACAGAGGCAAGUGGCCCUGUGAAAAGAUUCCCAUACUCGGCCCUAUUAUUAGCAGCACCAGGGCUAGGGCCAUUUUUACUGCAUAGGAUUGUGAAAUUGGACUUGUCUGAUAAGCUUGAGACUCCUGCUGAUAGGCAGAAGUCAAGGCCACUAAGCAAUUCACAGUAGAGGAAAGCUUUUUAAACACCCUCCUCUGAAAAGCUCUUGGCAUGGAAGGCAAAGGGGGAACUCUUCCAUGUUUGUGUUUUCCCUGUAAACAUUAGUGGGGGGUCUGGUACAAGCAGGUAUUAAUAAAACUAUAACACCAAAGAUUCAUGGAAAGCAUGUCUUACUUAUUUUGGUACGUCUUCAUAGACAGUUUUAUUUCUAUCUUGAAAUGAGUCCUUUAUUUUCAUAAAAAAAAAAAAAAAAACAUUACUAAAGUGUUGUUUUAUGUAAGAUAACUUGAAUGAUACUCCUACAAAAAAUAGCUCAUCGCUAAUGAUAUGUUUGUAAUAAUGGCGAUUGUUAGAUUUCUCUAGGAAUUAGCUGGGAAUAUCCUAGCAAUACUUAGGACCCCAGACACUGUGGCUGCCUAAUGUAAUCCUUAAAAAAUUCUCUGCAUUGCCAGUAAACGUAGUAUACUUAUUGUACAGGUCUCGGUACUUUUUUAAAGUUUAUGAAAUUAUAUUUAUCAAAUAAACACUUUCCUAUAAAAUUUAAGUGUUUCUCCAUCAUUUAAGCAUUUUAAGCUUCUCUCUGCUCGUCACAACCAGCACUGCCAAGCUUGCUCCAGUUAAGUUCUACUGUAUUUACCCUCCAUUAUAGCACAGAAAUGUCACUAUGCCUUUCGCUGCCUGCAAUUUUUAAAAAUCCAGGAGUUCUCUGAUUAUCCAGGUUUUAUAGAUCUUCAACACAGCCUCUGCGAAAGGGACUGAUAGAAAUGUACCCACUGUAAAGACAGCACGUUUCAGCCAGAAAUGGCCACUGUUCACGAAAGGCCAGCCAGGAACACGUACAAGUCUGGACAAUGCCUCGGUCCAUAAAGGACAUGUGCUUUGUGAAAAGAUAUAUCCCAACCUCCUAAUGACAUCAAAUCAUUUUUCCUAAAGGAUUCUCAGCUCCCAGUCAGAACACACAUAAUUGUUUAGUCUCUGUUUAUUUUUAAAAAAGGUAAGCUCCUGCCUCUGCCCGAGUGUUAGGGUUUGAAAGGGAUGACAGCUCCCGAGUCAUGUAAUGUGUUUGUAUUUCUGAAAUGAAAUACGAGCUUGAUUCUGGGGGAAAAAAUCAGUGUAUCUAGGCAUCGAUUUUAUAUUAAAAAGGGACUUGAGGGUUUGGACUAUAUUUAUGGUGACUUCUGUCUGUAACUUUUAAUGUACAAUAAAUAAAAAUAGCACGUGACUAAUCUUGUCUCUUAAUGAAUAAGAAACGUAGGACAAAAAAUUUAUAAAAAGCAUUUCACCAGAAAAUGCAGUGAAUUCAGAAACAACUCCAGCUUAAUUUUGAAGUGGUAACCGACUCCUAGGGCGGAGCCACUGUAAACGGAGACGGACCACCACGGCUCUCAACCAACAGCUCCUUCUGUGGGUGGUCUGUAGUAAACCCCUGAUAAAUCUCUGGUAAAUCGGGUUUUUCCUAUGAAUUUUUAAAGGUAAAAUGGUUUUUAUUAAGGCAUAAUUUACAGACAAUGAAGUGCACAGAUUUUUGGAUUAUAAUUCAGUCGCUUCUGACAAAUCUAUGGUGGCACAGUGGUUAAGUCAUAGGACUGCUAACCAAAAGGUCGGCGUUUCGAAUCCACCAGUCGCUCCUUAGAAACCCUAUGGGGCAGUUCUACUCUGUCCUAUAGGGCCGCAAUGAGUUGGAAUUGACUGGACGCUACUGGGUUUGGUUUUGAUUUUUUUUUUUAAACACCCCGUAACCCUCACCCCAGUCCAGACAAAGAGUCUGUCCAUCAUAACAGAAAGUUCCCUUGUGCCCCCUUUCCAAUUCAUUCAUUACCCCUUUUACCCGCCUCCAAAAAAAAAACCUGUUGCAUUGAUUCAGACUCAUAUCAACCUAUAGGACAGAGGGUUUCCAAGAAUUGCCUGAUGGAUUUGAACUGUCAACUUUUUGGUUAACAGCCAUAGCACUUAACCACUACACCACCAGGCUUUCCCAUACUCACCCCAGGCAACGACUUUUCUAAUUUCUGUUGUCAUAGUUUUGCCUGGUUUUCAAUUUCAUAUAUAGAAUUACACAGUGUGUACACUUUCUUCCGGCUUUGUCACUCAACACAGUGUUUGUGAUAUUCAUCCCUGUUAUUGCAUGUAUCUAUAAUUUCUUCCUCUUUAUGGCUGAGUAGUAUUUUAAUGCAUGAAAAUAUCACAAUUUAUCCUUCCUCCUAUUUAUGGACAUUUGGGUUAUUUCGUUUUGGACUAUUAAUAAUACUAUGAACAUUCUUUGUGGACAUAUUUGGUUUCAUUUCUCUUGUGGAAUAACUAGGAUUAGACUUGCUGAUUCAUGGGGCUGGUUUAUGUUUAACUUCAUAAGAAACUGACAGAAAAUUUUCCAGAAAGGUUGUCUGUACAGUUCUAGACUCCUACAAGUAUUUAUGGAAAUUCCAGUUGUCCCAUAUUCUUGCCAACAUACUUGGUGUUGUCAGUCCUUUUAAUUUUAGCCAUCUAAUGGAUGUAAAAUGUUACCUCAUUAUAGUUUAGUUUGUACCAUGACUAACAAUAUUUAACUCCUUUUCACAUGCUUAUUGGCAAUUUUUUUUUUCCCCCUGAAAUAUCUGUUCAAGGCGCUGGCCAUUUUUCCAUUAGACUGCUUGUCUUGUCAUUGAAUGACAGGAAUCAUUUAUAUAAAGAUAUAAAUCCUUUGUCAUAUGUAUUGCUAACAUGAUCCCCCA